UGAGGUGUUUUCGAUUAAAACUUUCGUCUAUAUCAAGUAGACUAUCAGAAGUUUUUUUAGCAGCACAAUAUGAUUAAAAAUAAUUCAAAUGUUCAAACGAAACAACCUGAAGAAAAAUUUGGAACAAGGCAUUUUCAAGUACUUUUGAUAUCCCUGUGUCUUAUGACCGCAGGUGCUAUAAGCUUAUCUAUUUCGUUGGCUAUUAUACCUAUGACAGAUCACACCAGCAUAGAUUUUAUGUACUUUGACUGGACAACUUCAGAAACGUCACUUGUCUUAAGUUCCUAUAUAUGGGGAUAUGCCCUAUUCCAAGUUCCAAACAGUUACUUGGCAAGCAGAUGGAGUGCGCAAAAACUGAUGACCUUAUCGUUAUUCAUCAGCAGUGCAGUAAAUAUGUUUUUACCGGUAAUAACGUAUGCUGGUGGCUGGAUAGCUUUAUGUAUUGGUCGAAUCACCAUAGGUUCGUGCCAAUCAAGCUUUUCUUCCUGCAGUAUCGUUUUACUAUCGAAAUGGGCACCAACUACGGAACGUUCCAGAAUGAGUGCUUUUGUGAUGUCUGGAAAUGUUCUGGGAGCAAUUGUUGCAAUGUCACUUUCUGGCUUGAUCGCAGCAUCAAAGCUCGGUUGGCCCGGCAUAUUUUACAUUUUUGGAGGUAGUGGUCUAAUUUUGAGUAUUAUUUGUCAUUGUCAUGUUUGGGAUUGUCCAACCUUGCAUAAGACCAUAUGUCCUAUGGAAAAAGAAUUUAUUGUUAAAAAUCUCCAACAAGUGGAGAAUCACUGUGAAAUUGAUAAGACAAUUAAUCCUCCUUGGAAAAAAAUUUUGACAUCGAUACCCGUGUGGACACUUAUCGUUGCAGAAUGUGGUUCUAAUUGGGGCAGAUGGACAUUUAACACGGAGAUGCCCAAAUAUAUGAAAAACAUACUACACUUUAACAUCGCAGAGAAUGGCCUUAUCUCAACUUUGCCGUACUCGACAUUUUGGAUAUUAAGUUUUGCAUUUAGUUGGGCCUCUGAUUACGCGAUGCGCAAGAAUAUCUCGAUCAGUAGGAUCCGGCGGACCUGCAAUACGGUAGGCAUGUGGGGUCCUGCCUUAGCACUUGUCGCUUUAUGCCUCAUAGGUACGUCCAGCAAAAUUUGGCCAGUUGUUCUGCUUAUUUUGGCUAUUGGACUCAAGGCAGGUACAUCAUCGGGAUACGUGGUCAAUAGCCUUGACUUGACUCCGAAUUUCGCCGGUACUGUAUAUUCCUUCACAACCUGUUUGAGUUCGUUCGUAAGCAUGCUGGCGCCAAUCGUCUGUGGAUUAAUUGUUACAGACGAGACUGAUGUUCGUCAAUGGCACACAGUGUUUUAUGUCACAUCUGCCGUUUACUUCACCACGAAUCUCUUCUACGUUUUUUUUGGCCGUGGUAAGACCCGAUCAUGGAAUAAUCCACUGAGAAAAAUAUCCGUUAGCACAAUCUACGAUCCAAAUGCAAUAAAAAUUAAUCCGUAG